AUGCACGAGUGCUGGGCACUUCUAGUGCUACUGAACUCAGUGACCGCACAGUUCUUCGGUGUAUUUAAUACACGACAACGGCCAUCACAAAUUGAAACAAUCGGAGACCAGUUCGGUGUUCGAGACGCAAUUGGAGCAUGGAGCCGAGUGCUACGCAACGUGGCAACUCAGUCGAAGACUAGGCACGCUGUGUUGUUUGAAACAUCAUCGCAUGAUAUGCUUGCUCAUUCAAGCAGAGCUCCACUAAAGAAGAUUCUACUCGAUGUGGCAACGAAACCCGACAUCGACGGUACGAACGACUGUGGACCAUCAGCUCCAAUCAUCGACCAUGAGGAAGGCGAAGACGUCGAAAUCUCAGCAGAAUAA